UGCGGGCAAGCGCGAGCAGAGUGCCGAGCGCGCGCCGCGUCUCCUGGAUUUAUCUGAAAGGGGGAAGCGGAGAGAAGGGGAGAGAAGGGGAAAGCGGGAAAGAUGGGACUCGAAAAGGAGAAAGCGGAGACGUGCGUGUUCAUGGAUGAAGAUGUUUUUCACAGCACGAUCGAGCCCAUUCUUAAAAAAGAGAAAGAGAGAGAGAGCGCGCGCGCGCCGCCACUGCACCGGGACCCACGAGACAUCAACGCGCACUUAAAGGUGGACUUUGAGGAUUUGAUCGGCGAACCCAGCUCCAUACACAGCCUCGACUCGGUGUGGAUCGGCAGCCAUGCUCUUUUCGAGCUCAUAAAGUUCGUCUUUUACCGAGUCCUGACGACGCUGCUCGCGAUCCCGAUGGCCUUCGUGGCAGGCCUUGUUUUCGCCAUCCUCAGCUGUAUACAUAUUUGGGUGCUGAUGCCGCUGGUGCAGAGCUGCAUGCUGAUGUUGCCCUCCAUCCAGGUGAUGUGGUCCAGCCUGAUGGAUACGUUCCUGAGGCCGGUGUUCCUCAGUGCCAGCAGCUGUCUGUCCUCCAUCAACGUCAAGACCUGCAAACCUGACGUGCUCUAAAAUCCGUCGCCUUGCACACGCGUUCCUGAUGACGCGUUCUCGUUUUGGAGGUGAUCCCAGACCUAAUCAAUCACACCUGAGUUCUCUUCAUGUUCAGCUCCAUCACAUGUGUUUGCUUUGGCCUGGGAUCAGACGUACGCUUAAAGUAAACACAACCUGCUGAGACGACUCAACGUCUACGCAACACAGGGACGUGUUUCUACGCUUUAACAUCCAAUUUGUGACUCCUACUGAACAGUAUCAUUCGGUCAAAUACUUUCACGCAGAUUUAAAUCGAUAUUUAACAUAAAUAUAUACGUUUAAUCUUUUGUAUUGCACAUGAGAAGAGUUUUAUAUGUGUAUGGAAAUACAGACAUGCUUUUGAGAAGCUGGCUUUUGAAAACACAGACGACUUCCUUCCUGUUUCCUGUAUUAGUUCAUAUUUAUAUCUGAUUUACUGUUGACUUACAGCACUGUUGAAUUCUCCAAUCCGAUUGGUCAGACGGUGUUGAUUAUUACUUUUAUAUUAUUAUACGGCACGAGCUACUUCCAGUAAAAUCAUGAGCUCUGAUUGGUUCCUUGGCGGGUAGAAUUUUCCCGUAAUGAAUUCCCGCGGGUCAUUACGGACUUUCUUACUUUCCAAGGCGCUGGCUUUCAAUGUUGCAAAAAACAAACAAAAACAACUGUUGCCAAGCAAAACAAACCUCGCCCGGCAGCACUUAUUUCAUACCUAUAUGUUGAUAAUGGUAAUAUUUCUCAAUCAUCAGCUGUCAGGUUAUAGUCCUAUCCAUGAAAAUCCAUGACCUUGAGUUUGACAUUUCAAAGUCCUUCAAGGUCAAAGUUCAUGGCGGCAACUGAAAGCCCAUAUAGGACUUCUUAUAUGUUGAUAACGGUAAACAUCUGGCUAUCACAAACCAUUUUAAAGUUAUAGUCCUUUGAAAACCCAUGGCCUUCAGUUUGACCUUUCAAGGUCACUCAAGGUCAAAGAUCAUGGUGCCAAAUGAAAGCCCAUAUGGCACUUCCUAUAAGUUGAUAGCGGUAAAUACACUAUAUUGCCAAAAGUAUUUGCUCACCCAUCCAAAUUAUCAGAAUCAGGUGUUCCAAUCAUUUCCAUGGCCACAGGUGUAUACAGUAAAAUCAAGCACCUAGGCAUGCAGACUGUUUUUACAGUUUGGAUCUGGCCCCUUCCUCUUCCGACAUGACUGUGCACCAGUGCACAAAGCAAGGUCCAUAAAGACAUGGAUGACAGAGUCUGGUGUGGAUGAACUUGACUGGCCUGCACAGAGUCCUGACCUCAACCCGAUAGAUCACCUUUGGGAUGAAUUAGAGCGGAGACUGAGAGCCAGGCCUUCUCGUCCAACAUCAGUGUGUGACCUCACAAAUGCGCUUCUGGAAGAAUGGUCAAAAAUUCCCAUAAACACACUCCUAAACCUUGUGGACAGCCUUCCCAGAAGAGUUGAAGCUGUUCUAGCUGCAAAGGGUGGACCGACGUCAUAUUGAACCCUAUGGAUUAGGAAUGGGAUGUCACUUAAGCUCAUAUGUGAGUCAAGGCAGGUGAGCAAAUACUUUUGGCAAUAUAGUGUAUCUGUCAACCAUCAACCAUUUUCAAGUUAGAGCACUCUGAAAAUCCAUGACCUUGAGUUUGACCUUUCAGGGUCACUCAAGGUCAAAGUGCCAAAUGAAAGGCCAUAUGGGAGUUCCUAUACGCUCAUAAUAGUAAACAUCUGUCUAUCGCCAACCGUUUUUGAGUUAUAAUGGAAAAUAUGUUAUUUUGACCAAAAGGUUGACGUUUCUGGUGACCUUGACCUUCACCUUGACCUGAUUACCCCCAAAAUUUAAUCUGGUAAUCUACAAACCAUUGCCCACCAACCGUGAAAAUUUGAAGUCAAUUGGUGCAAUCGCUGCGAAGUAACAAAACCAAAACGAAAAAAAAAAGAUGAAUCGGAAAUCAAAAACAGCCAAAAGACAAACAAGAGUCAGUGAGUUAUUCAAGAAAUGAGCAACGAAUGAAGAACGUUCAGAAACCGCUAACAGAAAUUCAGUUUUGAAACCGCGAGCCAUUUAUUCUGCACGCGUGACUCGACUACGUUACAAAUAUGAUGUGACUGAAAGCAGCGUCAUGCCUCACUAUAAUGACCGUCAAUUUAUAUAUAUAUAUAUAUAUAUAAGACAUAAAUGGCUCGGUCCAUACUGUCAAGACCGCGGUUUGAUAUUUUCCCGUAAAAAUCUCACGCUUGGUUAAUAAGUAGUUAGUAAUGCGCUGAUAGGUUAUAGAGUAUGUUUCAUUAUAAAUAAGUCAGUCACAGUGCACGCUUCAUGUAAACGGAUUAAAAAAUAAUAACAUUUUCCGUAAGACGAUGUUUAGUUAGCAUUUAAGGACAGAGUCUGGAGCGUAGGUGCUGUUUUUUGACAUCAGAUGUAAAGCUGAAGAAGAAGUUUUACAUUUUAAGUUUGUCUAAACAAGCCACAUUGUUGUUGUUGUUUUAAAUCUUAUUAACUCAAAAAGAAAGGAAUAAUGAACAGCUGGUGAUGGAAAGAUUCUUUACAGCUGCUAUAACGGAAGUGAGAACAAGAGCUAGGUUGUUUUGCAGAUGUUCCCCGACAUUAAAUGUAACUAUAAAUGGAUUAAAAAUACGACAAUUCCUUCUUUCACUGACCAAAUGGAUGUGGUGUAAGUGGAACCAGAACGUCAAGGACGUAGUCGCUCAUCUGUCCUGCCAUUAAAACCACCAUGACGACCAAAACAUCAAACAGGACUGAGAUGUGACGACGUGAGAGAGAGAGGACCAACCUCCACCACAAACUGUUUACAGCAGGAACAUCAACAAAAGACUACAUUUUGUUCCCCGAGAGAAGAUCAAUCCAAAACAUCGAUCAGAACUGAAAUCGCAGGGUAAAUGAGAGAGGAGAUACAAUUCUAGUCAGAAGAAAAUGUGUGAAGUUGACCUCAUUAAUUUGUUCGCAAAAAAUUGACAAUACAACGACCGAGUGUUCUUCAGAAGGUCAAGUUCCUUCAAACGAAACGAUCAGAACCGAAAUCCAUUGCGAACUGAUGGACGGAAGAGACACGAUUUAACUGAAAAUAAACAAAGCUGUAAACAAAUUGUUGACAACAGGAAGAUCAACAAACAAAUGACCAAGUUCUGUUCCUCGACGACCCAAAACACCCAUCAGAACUGGAACUGCGAGAGGAGAUACAAUUCUAAUGAGAGGUGUUUGUUAAUUUGGCCUGAUUAUGAACUCGUUAGCAAAAAUUUGCAAAACAACGACCAAGUUUUGUGUGGAGUCAUGAGUUCUUUCGAACAAAACACUCGGAAUGCAAAUCCGUGGAGAACCGACAGAGGAGGUACGAUUCGACGGACACCUCGCCAUGGCAACGGCCUGAUGGACAGAUGAGCUAAUAAGUCACACUGGGACAGUUUUCGAGGCUAGUUCAUUCCUUAUUUACACGAUAACACAAUAUUUGCAGUAUUCAGCAUCAAAUAUAUGAUUUUUUUGUGAUGUUUCUGAAAUUAAUAGUUCGAGUUAUUUUCACAUGGCUGUCCUAACAUUAAAAAAAAAAAAAAA